GAAGAAAUACUUUCCUCUCAGAAAAUCAUGUUGAAGAGCGCAGAUAAUCUUCUAAAGAAACGUCAAGAGCACUUCAAAGUACCUGCCGCCGUUGAAAAAUUAAACUACACUCCUUGUACUAGCAAGGAACCAUCAAAAAAAGAAAUUUCAAGAGUGUUAGGAAACAGUUUAGGAGAAGUAAAUAGAGGCUCUAUGGAUGAGACAUUCAGAUAUCAAACGAUGGAUAGACACUUCGAUGAAAAGAAAACGGUCAAAAUCUCCGGCGUUUCGCAGCUGUUACAAGAUCUGAUUGAAAAGGAAUUUCAGGCGAGGGGAAAUACGGCUAAGUACAAUGACGACGUAAUGAAGACGCAUGUCUGCCCCGACGGAGAAGACUGUGUUCUCGUUGAGUUCUGUAAUAACUUACCAGUAGCUGCCUCAACAAGAAGCAUCGGUAAUACGCUUAGCAUUAGCGGUAUACACUUGGCUGUUGAACGUUGGAAACCAAAGGCAGAGAAAAGUGAAGCUGUUGGAUCUCAAAGUGUUUCGAGAAUCUGGGGCAACGAAUAUACCCUCGCAGAAAUGGAUGAAGAAUGAUUAAAAAACAAAAGUUUUAGGGUAAUAUUCAUUGUAAUCAACAUCACAGAUUAACUGCAUUGCAUCAGAUUUAUGUCACAUAACAUGUGAUAUUCGGGUAUUUUAGACAUUUACAACGUAUGUGACAUAACUUAGAUUAUAGGUUGGAAGAAUUUAUGUUUAUUGAUUUGAACCUGGGGGAGAACAUUAACUUAUUAAUUGCGAGAACAGUUUAAAGUGUUUAUUGGGUAUAAUUACUUUGAUUUAAUAUGACUUGAGCGAUUUAUUUC